AAAAUUUCUUUUUAGUACCUACCAGUUCGCCAACUACGAGUUUCAGAUCCGCCACUCUUUAGGUAUUUUUUGGUUUAUUAUAAACCGCUGUAUACCGUUGGAGGGCCGCCGAACAACAAUUAAACAAGAGAAGGGGAAAUAAUCGGUGACACAAAUGCUCUCUGCUGUCGAUUUGAAAUCCCCUAGCGAUAAUGAGCGGACGGCGAAUAUUUAGGAACAUUACCGAUCCGACCAGUACUAACUACGGUUCAGUUUCAUUUAGUAACUGAAGUCAUGAAUUCAACAUUUUUUUUAUGUCGCGGUUGUGUUCGGCUGUACUAUGUUCGUUGUCGCUACACCUACCAUAUACUCCAAUUUCGAUUCACCAAUUGAUUUGAUAGAAAAUGUUUCCACUGACAUCUACAAUAUCCAUGAGUCGAAUUAUCCGCAGUGGUCGGACUCCACUACCACCGUAACAUACGAACCUGCCUGAAUAUUUUGAAUAUGACAGUGAACGAUUCAACUCCGUUCAUGAAUAAACCAACUGUUUUGAACGUAACGGAUAACAGAUGCGAGACCACCAUGGAUAUCAACACUGCUACCGAGUUCAAUUCGAACGAUCCAGAGCCUAAUUCCACGGUCAUCGUUGUCACGUCAAACUCGAAUCCCACAGGAAUGGAUUUCACUACAAAUAUCACUAAUUUAACAUUUAAUGAUACCACCUUCGUCACGUACAAAUCAGAGUCAAAUUCAACAGUAAGCGGUUCUACAAUCGCUUUGCAACAGUCGAACUCAACGACUGCAGACAAUGUGUUAACGCACGAGCCAAAGUUGAAUUGCAUGAUAAACUAUUCAACAAAUACCACGCAACAGUUGAAUUCGGUAAACAAUAGUUCUGUCAACUCUAUGAAUUUGUCAGCUAACGCCGAGUUUAAACCUGAUGUGAUAAAUUCGACAAGAACAAAUACCUCUAUCGUUGUCGACGAAUAUACUGGUUUAUAAUUGGGCCCGGAAGAAAUAAGUACUUCCGACACCGUGCUUGCAUCACCAAGCGUUCUAUUAUCCUAAUUCCUAGCAUUCCAAGGCCGACAAAAGAAUUUCGCGAUUAAAAAAUGUAUACAAGGGGCCAGAUAUUAUAUUACAAGUUUUUCCUCGGCUUCGCGUACCUAUCAUUUCAUCGUUUAUAAUCAUCU